AUGUGGUCGGAUUUGCCUGAGCAUUUGAAGGAAAGAGUGAUGGAAUCCCUGCCAGUGGACUGCUUCUUUCGUUUCAGGUCUGUUUGCAGGGGAUGGAAUACCUUGUUGUCGUCAGAGCACUUUAAUUCCAUUGCAAGGAACAACCAGCCAUUUCUCAUUCUUUGCCCUUCCAAAACCCAACUACCAUCCCUAAUCUAUUCCUUCAUCACCCACACUUGGCGACCCAUUUCUGUAUCUUUCAUACCUCAUGAUUGCCCUCUCAAUUUUGGGGGAUCUGCUUCAGGGCUUCUAUUGGUAGGCCUCCAAACCAAUUCCUGGUAUGCCCAUACUUCUCCAGUGCUAUAUAUCUGCAACCCACUAAACAAAACAUGCUUGAGGCUGCCUGGAAUGGCUUGUGUGAUUACCAUUAUGGCCAACACUAUUUCACCAGUGGGGCCUAAAAGGGAUAAAUAUAAGGUCAUGGUGAUAGGCAGGGACAACAGGGAUAUGGUUCUAUUAGAGGUGUAUGACUCAACAAGCAAGUCAUGGAAAGUUGCAGGUACGAUUCCUGAUGUGGUUAUAAGGAAUGAAAGCAUGAUCUACUCCAAGGGCUGUUUGUUCUGUAUGACUGAUGGGGGCAUGAUGACCUACAAUAUUGAACAGGGGAUCACAACAGUUGUGGCCAUGCCCACAGCAGGGGCACACAAUGUGUGGGCUCAAUUGAUUUGCUGUGAGUCCCGAGUGGUUGUGGUUGGGGCAAUCGAAGAGAAUUACAGUUUGAAGGGUGUUAUUAUGUGGGAGGUGGUUUUUAAUGAGACGAUGAAGGAUUAUGUGUGGGAAGAGAUUGUGAAGAUGCCCAGUUCUGUAUUUGAUGAAUUUAGAAGAUGCUCGAAUUCAGAUUGGUUUCAGUGUGUGGGUGUGGGAGAUAAAAUCUGUUUGAGAGCGAAUGAAAGCACGAAAAUGCUUGUAUAUGAUGUAAGUGGAGGUUCCUGGAGUUGGGUGUUCAAUUUCCCUGCGGAUUUGAGAUAUAUAAGCAUGAGAUACCUUCCAUUGGAAAUCAUGCCCAAUACCAGACUUUCUUAG